AUGCCCCGCUGCUCCUCUCUUCCAUUGUGCGUGCACUCUCUUUCCCCUCCGCGCCAUUCGCAUUUUGUCCCCAUCAUCUCCUCCUGUGCGUAUACUAUCACAUACACCGCUGCUCCUCUCCUCCCUUGCGCCUUCUCUCUCCCUACCUCCCGCUCCUCUUUUUCCGUGAGCCCUCCCUCUCAUUCCCCUCUCAUUCUCUCAUUCCGUGCACCAUCCCUCUCAUUCCCCUCUCAUUCCCCUCUCAAACUCUCAUUCUGUGCGCCUUCACUCUCAUUCCCCUCUCAUUCUAUCAUUCCGUGCGCCUUCACUCUCAUUCCCCUCUCAUUCUCUCAUUUCGUGCGCCUUCACUCUCAUUCCCCUCUCAUUCUCUCAUUCCGUGCGCCUUCACUCUCAUUCCCCUCUCAUUCUCUCAUUCCGUGCGCCUUCACUCUCAUUCCCCUCUCAUUCUCUCAUUCCGUGCGCCUUCCCUCUCAUUCCCCUCUCAUUCUCUCAUUCCGUGCGCCUUCACUCUCUUUCCCCUCUCAUUCUCUCUUUCCGUGUGCCUUCGCUCUCAUUCCCCUCUCAGUCUCUCAUUCCGUGCGCCAUCCCUCUCAGUCUCUCUUUCCGUGCGCCUUCACUCUCAUUCCCCUCUCAUUCUCUCAUUCCGUGCGCCAUCCCUCUCAUUCCCCUCUCAUUCUCUCAUUCCGUGCGUCAUCCCUCUCAUUCCCCUCUCAUUCUCUCAUUCCGUGCGCCUUCACUCUCCUUCCCCUCUCAUUCUCUCUUAGGGUGUGCCUUCCCUCUCAUUCCCCUCUCACUCUCUCAUUCCGUGCGCCUUCACUCUCCUUCCCCUCCCAUUCUCUCAUUCCUUGCGCCUUCACUCGCAUUCCCCUCUACUCCUCUUCUCACGUGCGCGUUCUCUCGUCCCCCUCUGGUUCACUCCUCACGUGCGCGAUCUCUCUCUUUCCUCUCAUGCGAGUUUGUCCCAUUCCCCUCUGCUCCGCUCCUCCCGUGCGCAUGCUCUCUCUUUCCCCUCUGCGCCUAUCCGCCCAUGCGCAAUUUGUCUUUUUCCCCUCUGCUCCUCUCCCCCCUUUGCGCCUUCUCGCUUGCUCCCCUCUGAAUCUCUUCUCCAGUGCGCCCUCCCUCUCUUCCCUCUGUUUCUCUUCUAGUGUGCACUCUUUCUCUUUAGAUAGCGCGCUGCCCUUUGAACAAGAUGACGAUGCGUCUAGUAACGCUGCUGUAUUUGGUGCUGAUGAUGAUGGUGGGGAGGGAGCUCAAGCAGGUGUUGCACUGGCGGAAGAGGAAGAUGCCCCUCAGUUUAACCUCAAGGAUGCUCUUGCGCACUGGAUCCUCUCCAACCGACUCUCUAUCAAUCAGAUUAACGCUCUAUUGGAAAUCCUGCGCAAGACCAUUCUUGAAAUACAAGAUUGGAAGUCCUACCGAGACGUGCAGGCGUACGCUGAGUCUAGGACGACGGAUGGCCACCGAGGAUGGCGACGAAAGACCAUCCGGUCACGUAACAAGGCUUGGCUGGAGUAUUGGUAUUGUGAUCCGUUGAUUGCUCUGCAGGACCUGUUGAAGAACCCCAAGCUGGCUGCCAAGAUGGUGUUCCAUGCAGAUCCUCAAUAUGUGGGGAACGUGAGGGUGUAUAGUACCCCCGAGACAGGCCUAUGGUGGGAGAGGUUGCAAACUUUGGUGCGGGAGGAGGAUCCGGAUGGAGUUGUGGCUGCUUUGAUCCUUGCGAGUGACGAGACGCAUAUGGAUCAUAGAGGGAAGGCGAAGGGUCAUCCUGUGUAUCUCAUGUUGGGUAACAUUGAUAACGACGACAGGUGGCAACCCUUUGGGCAUGUGCUACUAGCACUGCUCCCUGAGUUUCCUGCAGAGUACAACGUAGUGGACAAGAUGCAAGUCCACAAUUACAUCAUGCGAGAGGUGUUGCAAUCUCUUAAGACGGCAUCCUACACCGGCAUAGCUAUGAAGAAUGCUACAGGCGAGUCAAUCAACGUGUGGCCCUAUUUAACUAACCUCUAG